AUGGCUAAAGACAUCCAUCUCCUGCUGAAGGAAACAAAAAAAUUACUAGAAAGAAAAGACCCAGAGGACAAAGAUGACAUUCAUAGCCAAUUAGUUGGCUUGUACUUAUAUCUACAGGAAUACAACGAAGAAGACAGAGAGAGCCUUGUCGCAGCCUACAAUGAGCUUGUCGAUAGAGGCCUGAGUGCAGGCAUUUCAAAGCUCAAAAAAAUUAUUAAAAAGGCAUCAGAGGUGGUUAAAAUAAAGAAAAGAGAAGAGCCUGAAGAAAAUGCAGAAACCCAGAAAUUGACAGCUUCAAUUCUCGAUCACAGCAAGACCCUAAAGAAGAAGGCUGAGUCAUUCGGGCAGAUGCUUGAAAAUAGCAAGUCUUUCGUUGAAAAUGUAUCCGCAGGUGUCCGUGAAAAUGUAAAACAGGUGGAAAAAGGCGUUCACUCCUUGGACAGCAAAGAAUGGUACAAUUUAAGCACAAGCCAAUUAGUAUUUUUAUUAGGCAUAGUUCUGCUUAUAUUCAUUCUGAUGUACGUUGUAAUUAGAAUGGUAUAA